AUGGAACCACCUUCUACAGACUCUGUCUUGCUGUUGCUUGACCACGCACCCAAGAGCAAGUCUCCCGGUUUAGAUGGCCUUCCAUUUGAGGUUUAUUCCUACUUGGUUGCGAAAUUUCCGCCGGUUCUGCUUCUCUUGCAACAAGUGUUGACGGAUGCUCUGAAUGGCGUUUUUCCUGAAUCGUGGAAGCAAACGCGGAUGGUGCUCCUGUUCAAAAAGGGUGACCCAGAAUUGCUCAAAAACUGGCGUCCUCUCUCCCUGAAUAACAGUGAUGCUAAGAUAUUUACCAAACCGCUAGCUAACCGGUUCAAGCGUGUUCUGUCUAAGCUCGUCACUCCAUAUCAAACGGGCUUUAUGCCUCACCGUUUGAUAUCGGAUAACGCCUGGCUCAACCAAACGCUGAUGACCAACCUCCGUGCGGCUGCUCCUGAUGAUCCCAAUGUUUCAGUGCUUUUGGAUCAGGAAAAAGCAUAUGACCGUGUCAAUCCUACAUAUCUGCGGAUGGCGCUACAUCAGUUUGGAUUUCCAGCCUCUUUGGUAGAAAGCGUGUCAAGUCUGUUCUUUGGAACUCACAUCUCAUUGUCCAUCAAUGGCUGGUUGGGAGCUCCUAUCCAACAACAACGUGGCCUACGACACGGAGAUCCUCUCUCGCCAUUGCUUUUCAAUCUCGCUUUUGAGCCUUUCCUUCGGACCAUUCUGGCUUGUUCAGAGUUACGCGGUGUGGCUAUGUCUACCAAUACUCGCUCCCCUCUUGCAGGUCGUACCUCGAAUGCUUCGUCUCAAAUACCUCCACAUGGCAACCAUGAUCUCUUACGUGCUCCAGAGAGCCCUCCACGGAUCAAACUACUCAGUUAUGCUGAUGAUCUAGAAGUCUUUUUGACGUCCACGGCGGAAUGGCCAGUGCUUUUGUCUCUCUUGUAUCUUUAUGGCAAAGCGUCCAAUGCCAAGGUCAAUCUGAAUAAAACAGUUCUGGUGUCGCUGUCUGGCAAGCGUCAUGAAUCGUGGACACAUUUGGCGGAAACGUCCAAUAUAGAGUGGUACGAUGAAUCUUCGAUUGGCUCCGUGAGAUACCUCGGCUAUCCUCUGUAUCACACUAAGGAACAGUUGGCUCAUUUUCUGGAUUCAGUAACGGUGAACCUACAGCGUCAGUGCAAUUUGCUCAAGAAACGGCAGCUGUCCAUACGUGGUAAGGGUUUAGUGGCAUCUUCUUCGUGUGGUUGUGGUGCCAGCUGA